AUGAAUAACCAAUUUGUAAAUACAUCCCUAAAAAACGCAAUAUAUACAUCAAAUAUGAUAAACAAGGACCAAAAUCAGAGCGCCAUCCAACAAAAUAUGAACAACCUAAACAUGAAUUAUCAAAAUAUGAAUAAUCCAAACAUGAAUAACCCAAACAUGAAUAACCCAAACAUGAAUAACACAAACAUGAAUAACCCAAACAUGAAUUAUCAAAAUAUGAACAAUCCAAAUAUGAUUAACCCAAAUAUGAUUAACCCAAAUAUGAAUUAUCAACAAUACCCCCAUGUAAUUCCCCCGCCACAACAACAAAUGGGUAUGUUUUCAAAUGAUUGGAAAUCUGUCUUAGCCCCCAUAAAAAGUUGUAGAAUAAAACAACAGUUUGAUGAUAGAGAGUUUUUAGCUGAUUAUAUAAUGGGUAUGAAACUUGAUUUCAAUAAUAGAUAUUUAAUUUUAGAUUCAGCAACUGAAAUUUUAAAAUUUACUGCCAUUGAGAAUUCUGAAUGUUUUAAUAGAAAUUGUUUCCCGAAAAUGUGUAUCCCAAUUAAUAUGAAAAUAUUACGUCAUGGAAAGGAAUUAGCUAGACCGGAUAUUGUGGUUGAAAAGGAUUGUUCAUGUACAGUAUGCUGCUUAAAUAGACCAAUUAUUAAAAUGUAUGAUUUUUCAGAUAAUAAUAAUAAAAAAUUAAUUGGUACAAUAAGAACCCCAUUUAGUUGUUGCUCUUUCAAAUUUGAUUUGUUCGAUGCAUCAAAUAAAAAAGUUAUUUAUAUGGAUGAUACAUGUUGGCAAAUAAGUCUUUUAUGUCCAUGCCCAUUUGGUCCAUUUAAAAUUAGCAAUUAUUAUUUACGUGAUGCAAAAACAAAUGAACGAAUAGCACAUUUACAAAAAGAAGUUCCUUUCUUAAAAUUUAUAAAACGAGAUAUCGAUAAUUACACUUUAAAUUUUGAAGAUGUUAAAAACCCAGAAUGGAAAAUGAUGCUCUUGGCAUUUUCAUUAUUUUUAGAUUAUAUAUAUUAUGACACCAAAUAA